CGACCAAAACAAACAUGGCGACGAAGGGAAAAACGGCAAACAUAUUGACGCUUUUUGUGUGUUUUUCCUCGUCUUUCUUGAUUUUGCCUGUUUGUUUUUGCACAUUAAAUCUUUUGUAAAAUGACUGCCUGAAUAAUAAAUAGUUUCUGGAACAUUUUCUGAACGGAGAGCAGAAGCGAAACCCCGAAAAUCAACGGAAGUUCCUGGCUCUCUUUUGAAACCAAACAUCCGCUUCUCUCUAACGCGUGUGUUUACGGUGUUAGCUCGUCAUUUUAGCCGAGCAAAGAUGAAGCAAAAAUGAAAAUGAAUUCAGUUUAUCGUUUAACAAAACGAGGAAUGGCGUGCGGGUUCGGCUAACACACGGGACGAGCUAACUGCCUGAACAAGAUGUAACGUCCGAGUGUCUCACUCUGAGCAAAUAAUCAAGACAUGGAUUUUGCCACGGAGACCACCUGUGAACAAAGAUCGAUAAGCUGAAGAUACAUUACCAUGGGUUUGGUGAACGUUGUCAUCUCCACCAUAGGAAAAUGCCUGGACGCCGUUUGUUUACUCCUGGACCUGAAUUUUCUCAUCGUCCACACCGUGGUGCGGACUCUGCUGGGGGUUGUCGCCUUCAUAAACAGCCUGCCCAACCUCCUCCUCGCCUCAGUGCUGGAGCUGGGAAACCUCAUCGUCUUUUGCCUGGUGUCCAUGGCAGAGGCGACUUCCAACGUCGCCCACAGCACUGUCACCAUGUUAGGGAGCUUGGUGUUGGCUCUGGAGGGGCUGCUAGAGAGCCUCAAGAUGGUGGGUUACCUGUCCAUUCACGUCCUCUUCCGGGGGAAGGAGCAGUUGUGUCGAGGUCUGCUGUUGGUGCUGGAGGGCUGUGGCAUCGCUGUCAGCCUGGUGGUCUAUUUCACUAACACGGUGGUAAACUUUGCACUCAUUGCCACUCAGAAUGUGUACCUGGCGGUGGUCAGUGUGUGGCAGACAGUCUCCAGCCCGCUGCAGAAGGUGCUGGAGCUCACGCUGACCUCCCUCACUUUUCUGUACAGCAGCCUGGUUGGGACAUCAGCUUUCCUGUGGUCGCCCUGUAAGCUGGUUUUGGAUUUUCUGGUUUCACUGGUGCACAUGUUCAUCAGCAUCUUCCUACUGAACAUCUACGGCCUCCUGCUCACAGUCACUAUCGCUGUGACUACCAUGGCUUACCUGAACCCAGCGCAGACCCGGCAGGCUACCGUGCGAAUUAUGGAUUACAUCAGUUCUUUUCCUGCUCUGCGCAGACUGCUUCUGGCUCUACACCACCUUGCCUCAACUUUGCGGAGCGCCCCACAUGUGGUACAUGGUAACGUGCAACGCCUGCAAAGGAUACUCCAUCACCUCUACCUACUGGAGAGAGGACUUUGGCAGCAGCUGACGCGACACAGCAGCCAACUAGGCCUGGUGCUUAGGACACACCUCCACAGGUACAACAACAACAGAGUGCGAGGCCACGGUGACCCCGGCGAGGAGCGGCGGGGCCCACCAGAUGGAAGAGCAGGAGAUGGAGCCCACCAGAUGGAGAUGCUGGAUUUAGUUUUCCCCUCCUCCAGUACAGACAGACCACUAAAGAAGCAGUCAUCUUCAGGCAAAGACUGUAAACCUCUGCCUGCUGAGAAUCUGCUGACUCUACUGAAGGAGCAGGAGGACAGGAAGAAGUGUGUAAUCUGUCAGGACUGUACCAAGACGGUGGUGCUGCUGCCGUGCAGGCACCUCUGCUUGUGUAGAGACUGUACAGACAUCCUGUUGAGGCAGCCUAUCUACCAACACAACUGCCCGCUCUGUCGACACAUGAUCCUCAACACUAUGGACGUGUAUCUAUGAGGGACCAGUGGAAGUAUAUCUAUGGGUUUUUGACACUAAGGAGCCUAAUAAUCAGUAUCUAUGCUUAACAUUUUACCACCAUUGAAUUGAUGCUGUAUGACUUAUGUUUUACUAGGUUUUGUUAAAGGAUACGUCUGGUGACAUUCUAUAUUUAUCGUGCUGUCAACAAAUCCCAUGAUAACAGCAAAAGUAACAAAGCAUUGAUAACUCAAUCUCCCAGUACUUUCUGCUUCUCUUCCCUGACUGUGGCACUCAGACCCAAACCUAUUCGUUCCAACUGAACGCAAUAAAUCUUAAAUAAAACAGCUCAUAAAUGUAUUGUUUUAUUUUUUUUUUUAAACAAACUAAAACAACUGGCCUCUGCAGUUUUUAACAAAUUUCACAGGAGUAAACAGGUGUAAAUGGGCUGUGACUGGUUUUAUCAUUUGUUCUGGAUUUAUUGAUAGUAAAAUAGAGAAUAUCACCAGACUUAUCUUUAAAAAAUUGGUUUCUGAUCUGUGUUCUCUGCCAGCAGUUCAGAAGAGAAAUACUAAACACAUGCACAGGAAAUUAUAUAAUACUUGUGCCUAAGGAUGCUGAGCAAACUACGGCGCUGAAGUGCCACCACCAAAUAAAGAGACCAGGGUUGCAACGAUUAUAUAACGAUUAUUUCCAUUAUCCAUUAAUCUGCAGAUUAUUUUCUCAAUUGAUUGUUCUGUCUAAAAAAAUAUAUAAUAAAAGAAAAAACAAGCAAAACAUUUUUGUGAAGCUAGAACCAGCAAAGGUUUGGCAUGGCUGAAACCAAAUACCUGCAGAUUAAUUUUCUACCUAUCGACUGAUUAAUCAACAAAUCAUUGCAGUUCUAAAAGAGACUGCAAAAUCAUUUUUCCAAAAAUGUAGCUGGACUGUUUCACCACUGUCCACAAUUAAAUUUUUUCAUGUGUGUCCUUUGCGCAUUGAACUGUGGGAGAAUAGAAGGGUUUUUUUUUUUGUAUGCACACUAACUGUUUACUUCAUUUUGUUGCUUUUCAAGUGUGAACACACAACAUACUAAAUAUCCUGCUUAAACUAAGUCUGUAAGGUGGAUUUGGGUCACAGCUAGAGUCUCUGUUUUGGCACUGUAAUGCGCCUGUUUAAAUGAUUCAGUGUUGCGAUGUUGAGUCUCAGGUCUCGUAGCCAUGGUAACCCAUAGUUGCCCCCCCUUUCUGAUGCUGAAAUGCUUACCACUGCUCAUAUCUUAAAAACAAACUGUGUGCUUUAUUGCAUGAGCAUACAGGUGAUUCCACACAUGCUGUAUAUUUAACAGGGUUGCAGUAGAAGCCUUUACCAUUUAAAUAUAUGUCAGUAAAUGUCUGUGCUUCAUAGAGCCAUGUAAAGAGUUAACAAAAACGUUUCCUGUAUUUUAGGAAAGUGAUUUAUAAUUUUCCAGUCAGUGAUGAUAAAAUACAACUUUAUUCCAUUUAUUUGUUCUAUUGAUAGGGCGUAUUCCAGUCUUCCAUCAGUGGCGUAUUACAGUCACCACCAACACAUAAUCCAUAAAAGGCUUUCCCUUUCCAUUGCCUUUGUAAUAACACAUAGAUUUCUGUUUUAUAAAAGGACCAUAAACUAAUAAGGCUUCAUAAUUUCAUUUGCAUUUGUUUUUCAUUUGUUGCUGUUGAAGCUGAAGUGUUGAUAUUGAUCAGUGUUUAAGGUUUACAGGGCAAUUUUGUGACACCACUUAGUGUAUUGAUGUUGAUGGUGGGGGGAUGCUGUCUGUAAUGUGCCCUCAUUUGCUUUUUGAAAAGUUUUUUUUUUUUCUUUAAAUAAUUUGUAUGAUUAGAAGACAUUUGAUUUCUGCAUUAUAUUUGUGACUGGAGCUAAAACAUUACUGUUUUCCUUGCUACAUUACACAGAUAUAAUUUAUGAAUGUGAUCUGAAUGUCAGUUGUCAAAGAUUUCUGGAGACCAGACUGUAGUCAUUAUGGACUACUACUUCUCUCAGGUAUUCCUAAAAUGUCAGUGUAUAGCAUUCCUAACUAGAGAUUGCAGUGGACUGAAAACCGGCUCACAUGACCAUCAUCUGUUGCUACCGGCAGCAUGUAUGACACAGUGUGGGACAAUGUGAUUUGAAGACAUGAAUGUAACAUGGGUUUUUUAUUGCUGUGGCUGCCACAUAAUGGCAAGUCCUCUGUUGAUAAUAAAUAAAAAGAGACAAAACA